GAACAGGAAAAAACGCGAGUACCCAAUUGCGGAAUGAGAGAAUGACCAAAUUCGCGAUAAUGCGUCUCAUCAACCUUGAGCGAACCAUUUUUAUGAUUUCCAAGAUAACGAAUCUUUAUUCAACGGUUCAAAUGGAUUUCAUUGGGUCUCAUUACGCUCAGCCUGGCAUCGCCCCACGUUUCCUAAGCACCAAAUGGUCAUCACAAAUGCCGAGUGAUUUGAAAACAACCAGUAGACGUUGUUUUUCAUAUUUCCAAAUUGAACGGCAAUAA